UCCCUUGCUUUCGAAACAGAUGCGCCUGCCGGAGGAGCCAGCGUUACUUCCUCACUGCCCAUUUCGCGCACGCUCUUUAAAAGCGUUUAAGUUGGAGGCAUUGGGAGCAGCUGAAGAAAUCCAGUUACCUAAAAACAUUCAACAGCAUGAAGCCAGUUAUUGUUGUUCAUGGUGGAGCUGGUCGCAUCUUUAAAGAGCGGGAAGAUGGAAGUCGUUCUGGUGUCAUCAGAGCAGCAUUGAAAGGUUACAGUAUCCUUAAACAAGGAGGAACUGCAUUAGAUGCAGUUGAAGAAGCCGUGGUAUUAAUGGAAGAUGAUCCACAUUUUAAUGCAGGUUGUGGCUCUGUGUUAAAUGAGAAGGGGGAAGUAGAAAUGGAUGCUAUUAUCAUGGAUGGGAAAAAUCUAGCCUCAGGAGCAGUAUCAGCCGUGAAAUGUAUUUCUAACCCAAUAAAGCUUGCUCGUCUUGUAAUGGAAAAGGUAUGCCAAGGGUGAUCUUCAACAAAAUCAGUUUCCCUUUGUGGUUUGAUUGAAGUACUAUGGUGCUUUGUGACCUCUGGCCUUGUGUAAAGAUA